UUUCUCGUUUUGUAAAUACCGAACACAGAACAAAUGUAACUGAGACAACAGAUCUGCAUUAUCGAACACUUACUGAGCUAAUCGAACGCACAAAUUUGUAUUAAACGGAACAGUUUGUGAUGGUGAUGAUGUAUGAUGUAUGUGUCUGCUGUCAAAACAUAUUAAACCCAUGAAUCAAAAUGAGUUGGUUUGAUGCCACAGGCCUAGCUAGUAUUGCAAAGUCGGCCCUGAAAGAAGCACAGAGAACGAUUGACAAGGCUUUAGAUAUUAAAGAUGAUAAUGCACAAAUUGCUCCUUCCACUACCCCUAUUGAUAUUAACUCUGAAGAUUUUUUUGGUACCUGGGGAGUUGCAGAAUCCGAAAAUAAUGACUUGAAAAGCAAGGUCUUUUCUAAGGAAAAUAGAAUGAGCUCUAGUAUCUGGGGUUCAUUUACGGGUUCUUUCUUUGAAAAUCAGAAAGAUAUAGUCAAAUCAGCAUCUAAUACUAGUCUAGAUGAUACCAUUGACUGCAGCGAUGAACAUUUCAGUCGUAGUAAACUAGUGGUGCAGAGAAGUGAAGAUGGAGAUGAUGAAUCAGAAAAAGUAGCUGGAAAAAACUCCUCAGAUGACCUGUCUGAUUUAGUGGAAAUAAGUUUAAGUGAUGGAAAAAAUGAAGCUGGUGAUAACCAAAAUGAUACCUUAAUAGUUAGAAGAUCUGAUAAGCUAACAACCUCCCAAAUCAACAGACUCUCUGGGAUAAGUGGCGAAAGUGGAAAGAACAGUUCAGAGAGUGUUGAUAUCCUAACUUGUAGUACAGAAUGUACAAGCCCGGAUUCAGAUUUGCUGUCACUGGGACAGUCAAUAUCUACUUCUAGUUCUGCUUUAGGAUCACAACCUGGAUCAGAUUCUGUUGAAAUAAUUGGAGAUAGUCUAACUAGUCCCAGUUCUGUUGAAGUAAUUGGAAGCAGCAGUACAAGUAGCAGACGCCAAUCCCAGCUUACUGAUGAAUUUGUUUCUCCUUUGCUUUCUCCUUGGUCUGAAGAAAAGUCCAGCGUUUCUGAAAAAACUUCUCCGGACAGCGUAGAAGUUAUCCCUGAAGAUCAAGAAGAAAAUAGUAUAGCCGAAGAUACAGUGUCGUAUACAUCAUUAUCUGAAAGUACUUCUGCCACAGUUCUGGAUUCUACUUUCAACUCCCAACUGAAAUCCCACAAAAUGCUUAAAGAUACUUUUAUGCGAGCUGAUUCUUUAAACGAGAAUGAAAAUUCUACAAAUACUUCCUUUAUUAGUGAUGCCAUUACUAGAGCUCCUAGUCGCACGAUGCAUUUACCUUUGACUCAAGUCUCCCAGGUUAUGAUUGAUACCCAGCCUCAAAGUAAUAAACAAGAUAUGCCAAAUAUCCUCCCGAAAACAAAUGUUAUAGAUAUUCCUUCAGAAAGUGAAAUGGUAACAGAAUGUAGGCUGGAUUUUUCUACAGAUGAAAGCUCUCAUUCUGAUAAAACAGUUAUAGGCAGUGAUAGUAUAAUGGAAAGUAGCAGUGAUACAAGUACCGCUACUGAAGCAAGUAGUCAUUCCACUUAUUUAAAAAUUAUGCUUGCUGAUGCUAUGCUUGAGAAAAGUUUUUCAGAUCAGGAACAAAAUAAUAAAGUCGAGCAGUUUUGUAUUAGUUCUCAAGAUUCUGAUAAGAACAGUUUAGAAAAUAUUUCCAUUUCCCAAGUAGAAAUAUUACCCAGAGAAAACUCACCUGUCAGUUCUGGUAGUCGAUCAGAUUUGGUCAAGAUAGGCUCAGACCACACAUCUGGUGAUGAACUGGAAACCACUACUUCAUCUGAUAUAGAGAUAAUUUCUAGCCCUAAUGGUGAUUCCAGCAGUACACAGAGUCGCCAAAGUCCUGCCAAACCAGCAUGUGUAAAAACUAAGUCGGAAAACUCCACAAUAGAUUCCCUGCUUUGUAAAAUGACCAUAAAGAAAACGAAAGGACACACCAGGGAAUUAUCUGAGGCCUCUAGUAUCAGCGACGAUUUUCAUAGUGAGACAGAUAGGCUUCUGAAGAAGAUCUCAGAAAUGACGGAGAUUCUCGAGUCUAGAGAAGCCAAACUUAUUGAUUUGAAUCACAGAAAUGCCGAAUUACAAGAAAUGAAUAGCGAUCUUCAAAUUCAGAUGGAUUCUAUUAUAACAAGGCAAUUAGAAAGUGCCGAUGUUUCUCAAGUAACAGAGGAAUAUACUCAGCGUCUGUCAGCUUUGGAGAAAAAAUUUCAACAAACUCUUAGGGAGAAAGAUAGUCUGAGAAAAGAUUUAGAACAAAUCAAGCAAGAGGCCGCAUCUAGAAUGAGUAAUGGCGAGAUAAAUGCUGUUAUAUCUGAAAAAGAUGAGGUUAUAAGGGAGCUCAGAGAAGAAGGAGAGAAGCUUUCCAAACAACAAUUGCAGCAUUCAAAUAUCAUAAAAAAGUUGAGAACGAAAGAAAAAGAAAAUGAAAAUACUAUAAAACAUUUAAGGGAAAGAAUUGAAUUGUUGUCAUCAGAGUCAGACCGCCUGAAAAAAUCACUUGCAGCUAAGGAAGAAGUUGAACGCACUCAAAUAGAGGCUGUCCAUCAGUUAACAACAAGGAAUAAAAAGUUGGAUGGGGAAUUAUUACAGUUGAAAGGUCAAAUUGAAGACUUAACACAAAAACAUGAUACAACAAAAAGGUCCCUUGAGGCUGCUAAGAAGGACAUUGCUGAAAAAAAUAAGUCAAACAGUGAAUUGUUGAUUAGAGAACAAAUGGUAGAAACAUUGGAAAACCAGAAGAAACUCGCUGAAGCACAAAAUGAAGAAAUCAUGAAUCAGCUAGAAGAUCUGAGGCACAAACUACGGCAGUCGGAAGAAGUUAGUAUUAAGAAGGAAGAAUGGCAUCGUGAAGAAAAAAAUAAAUUGCUGAGAAGAUUAGAAGAGGCAGAGGCCCGCAAUGAGGAACUAUCACAAUCUGUUUUAGAAGUUAGCAAACCAUUAAUUCGUCAAUUGGAGUCUCUUCAAGCAACACAUACCAUGAAAAUUAGCGGCUUUGAGAAAAUGGAGGAAGAGUUAACAAUGAAAUUAAAUGAGCUUCAGGCCAAACUACAAACAUCUAUCAGUUCGGAAAAAGAAGUUAAAGAGGAAUGUAUUCGAUUAAGGUCUAGAUUAUCUGAAAUUGACAGUCGAGAGAACAGUUCAAAACACAAAAUUGAAAGAUUGGAAAUGGAAUUGGAGAGACAGAAAACCGAGAAUUUACUUACAAAACAAGAACUGAAUAACAAAAUUGAUCAUUUGAACGAUAUUAUUAGGAAAAAUAAAGAAGUCAUUGAUGAGCAGGAACGUCAGCUUUUAACCCUCCAGCACCAGUUAACUUUAGAAAAAUCAACCAAUGAAAUGGAUAAAAGGCAGGCUGAAUCAUUACAAAUCCAAAAUAGAAUAAAUGGUGAUAUACAGUCCUCUGGGGUUGAACAAACUUCACUAACAGGAAGCAAUUCACCGACUCUGAGCUUAGGGAAACUUUCUGUUUCUGAAUCAAUGGCUGGUUCAUUCUGGUCUCAGGACGAACCUUUUGAUACAGGAGCCACCCCUCGAUAUACCAACAUGUUUGAAAUGCAAAUGCUGCAGUCAAAUUUGAAACAACGUGAGGGAGAAUUGCAGCAAUUACAAUGGGAGCUCAACAGGAGAGAGCAAGAACGAUCCCUCCUAAACACAGAAAUAUCAACUUUGCUGACCCGAGUUGAAGAAUUAGCUGGUAGAGCUGAAGAUUAUGAUAGUCUGAAGACUAGAUUGCAAGAAUUAGAACGACAGUAUGAUACACUCUGUCAGUUAUUUGGCGAGAAGGUGGAAGAAAAUGAAGAAUUGAAAUUGGACUUGCAAGAUGUUAAGGAAAUGUACAAGGGACAAAUAGAUGAGCUAUUGAGACAGCAGAAACAAAACACAAAGUGAUGAUUUCGUUAUUAAAGUUGAGGUACAUGUUAAAUAAUAUUUGCAUAGUAAAUACUAUUUAUUUAAGAGAGACGUUUAGUCGUGCACUUGUGGCAUUUCACAAUUGCUUCUGUGCUUUUGUUUUGGAUAUGAUGAACUGAACAAUUCAGAGGGCAAAAGAUGAAAUUAUCACUGAAAUAGAAUUCAAAUUAAUAUAUUCAAAAACUAUUUCAUAGUUUGGCGGUGAGUUCUCUCCCAGAAACAAGUAUGAAACUUAGUCUUAUGAAGUUAUUAUUGUAUUUAUUUCAGUGUUUUUGGAUUUAUUGUUUUAUAGUUGUUAUUUUUUUCUUGAGUUUGAAUAUCUAAAAAAGGACCAUCAUGGAAAAAAAUCUGUUUUUCCGUUAACCAGCUGUUGCACCCCUACGAACGACAACCCUCAGAAGUCGACACUUGUGCGAGCUAAGGAUUAACGAGGGUUUACCUUUUAACGUGUGAUUCCUAACACGGAAGUGCACAUGAAUACUGAAACGGGACCAUUGAAAAUCAGUGUUGAAAUUUACUUUCUACAACGAGAGAACUUCUUGCCAUACAUUUUGCAAACCAAGUUGGUGUACCCAGAAACAAUUGGUUUUCUUGCUUUUGGCAUAAUUGAUUUAGAAUUAAAAUCAUUGAAUGAUAACGAUUUUUCUUGAUAUAUUAUUGAAAACUUCAAUAUUUUAACACCUAUUUGAGAAACAGCAAUGAUAAUGCUUUUCAAUUUGUUGGGUUAAACACUUAUCACAACAGAUUAGAUAUUAUUUUCCUUGAGAUAAGUUUAUGCAAUUUAGUAUUGAGUUUCUUGAGAACUUUUAAUUUUAUCAAACAGUAUUCUCAGACGAUACUGAAAGAAAUAUACUUUACUGUUGUAGAGAAGUUAUUUUUGAUAUUUUUAUAGAUGGGUAAUUCUCAAACAAUACUUUUUAGGUCAAAAAAGGUAAAACUGGAACCUCUGGCGUAGAAUAAAUCAUAAAACAAACACUUUUCCCAAACACCAGAAAUGGAGUACUCUUCUCGACUCAGGUGUCACCAACCAAGUUGGCGUCUUCGGGAGAUGAAGUUAGUGUCUUUUUCUUCUUGACGACAACUUGGUUGGUGAAACAUGCGUCGAGAGGAGUAUUGCAUUUCAAAUGUUUGGGAAAAGUAUUCGUUUUUGGAUUUGAAAUUCAUGCUUUAUAUUAGACUUUUUACGAGUUUUUAAAAUAUAUUUGAUUUAUUUUUCCUAACCUUGGCAGACGAUUUUUCUACAUGAUUUUCUGUUGUCUGUUAGGUAGGGGGACAGGUUGCCAGACUGUAUUACCUUUCUGUAUUUAGAUUAGAAGGAACAAAAUGCAGCUGGUAUGCUGACUGAGCGUUGUUGAGACUUCAAGAUAGUACCUUCAUCCUCACACUCAUCCCUACAAGUUUAACUUCGAGUAAACACGAAGUUCCCCAGUUGGUCGUUGCUUAAGACUUAUAAAUUAUACCUUCAAACUCGCAGUCAACACAUGUACCACUGAAGAUGUAUGCCGCAGUAGCAGAUAAAUCGGUCUGUUGAGAAAAAAUUGACCUAUGAGAGAGAUUGUAAAGUUUACUGAUAGUGAAACAUACUGAUUCCUUUGUUUUUGUUAUAUAAUGAUAUGUAUUAUGUCUAAAAUACCAGUUUUAUUAUUCAGUUAUUUGAUAAACAACCAAAGACGACUAGUAUGGAAAGUAUUUUUCUUUUAAUUUUUUUUUAACCCAUUCCAUUAUUUUGAAGAACUUUUUCAGUUUUCAAACUCUACAGUUAGAUAUAGAAAAAAUGGGAUUUCCUAAGAAAUGAAAUGAAUUAAUGGUGUAUGAAUGUGAAGGUGGGAUUAAGUUCCCCCCUUUUCAUAGAUGUAAACAUGAGCCUCUUCCUUGCUGAAAUUGCUAAGUUUUCAACUUAGUUUCUCCGUGAUUCAACAGUUUAUAUAGAUAAUAAGGGGGCUACAUUAUCUGCCACAUACUUACUCAUAUUUAAAUCUUCCAGUAUUCAAUUUGCUUCUGAGAAAAAUCAGGAAAACUUAUUGAUAAGGGUUUUAUUCACUUCAUAUUUAUUAUUUGUAAAGAACUACCAAACAUUGUGGUAAACUCAGCUGAACAUUAGUUUGUGGUUUAGGGAGGAGCAAAUACUGGAAGGGAUCAAAGGUUACCAACAUAGGUUUUGGUUUUGGAGUGGUCUAUCCUCAAAUAUUUCAACCAAUAAUUAUUUGAAAAACUUUUUUGUGGAGGGUUCGACGUUUUGUUUCUGUUUUUUGAAUGUUUAACCUUCCACAGCCUGAAAAAUGAGUGAAGCUAAAUCAAUAAAAAAUCUGUUGAAGUCUAAUAAAGUGAAAACGAAAAAGUUCACCCCAAAAAGUUACUGCAUAAUAUAAACCACUCAGUUCACUUCAGUAACUUGUAUUCAUGAAUUUUGCCUACAAAAUGAAAUUUCUAUAGUUAGCUCUUUUCAGAUGGUUCACCUUUCGGAAACUUCACAAAUUAGAUUUUGAAUACUGCCUCUAUUGGAAACAGCUUUUUUCCUUUAACACAUGUCAAAUUGAAUUUUCUGGAAAUGGAAUAGAUUGUUGGGAAAGAAAGUUUUUGGCUUAGUACUACUCUAUCUUGAUACAGAAAAUAGUAACUUGUUUAUUGGCUAUUAUAGCUAUUAUUAUGGCUACUAUAGACAUACAAAAUAUUUAGUAUCAAGAAUUUUAGAUAUUGCAUUUUUUAUUGAAAUGAUAUAUUUACUUUAUAUCUUUCUUUUCUCACAUACAUUUUAUAUUUGAACUUAGUUUCAUCAAUAACAUACUGAGGACUCAACCCGGAUCAAGUAAGAAAACGUGUUUCAAUUCCAAGUACUCAUUUAUUUUCAACUAAUCACUUGUAAAGAGUUCAUCAUAUCUCAUAAUUUAUGGUAUAAAUGAGUAAAUACGUUUUUAAUCUGUGAUAUUGUGGAACUUUUAUAUAUUAUGUAGGUUUACUUGUACUUUUGAAUUUAUUCUGUGUUGGUUAUGAAUAUAUGAAAUAAAUUAUCCAAAUUGUG